AUGCAGGUUAUUGUGCAACUACUCCGUAGCGUAAACUCGCGGCGAAAAUCGAAUCGCCCAAACGUGACCCCUCCCGUCGCCCUCGCUUUCCUUUCCCUCGCUUCCGCUCUCUGUCGCCCGCGUCGUCGCCAUCGCUUCCGCAGCUCGUCGCGUUCGCGACCCCAGCCCGUCGCCUUCGCUCCGCCCGUCGCCUUCACUCCCCCCCCUCCCCCCCCUCUUCCGUUGCCUUCAUUUCCCCCUCCCGUCGCCUUCACUUCCCCCUCCCGUCGCCUUCAUUUCCCCCUCCCGUCGCCUUCAUUUCCCCCUCCCGUCGCCUUCAUAUCCCCUUCCCUGCUUCCCCCCAUCUCCUUCCCUGCUUCCCCCCAUCCCCUUCCCUCCUUCCCCCCAUCCCCUUCCCUGCUCCCCCUCAUCCCCAUCCCUGCUUCCCCCCAUCUCCUUCCCUGCUUCCCCCCAUCCCCUUCCCUCCUUCCCCCCAUCCCCUUCCCUCCUUCCGCCUGUGCCCUCCCCUGCCUCCCCCCAUCCCCUUCCCUGCUUCCCCCCUUCCCCUUCACUGCUCCCCCUCAUCCCCUUCCCUGCUUCCCCCCAUCUCCUUCCCUGCUUCCCCCCAUACCCUUCCCUCCUUCCGCCUGUGCCCUCCCCUGCCUCCCCCCAUCCCCUUCCCUGCUUCCCCCCUUCCCCUUCCCUGCUCCCCCCCGUCCCCUUCCCUCCUUCCCCCCGUCCCCUCCCCUGCCUCCCCCCAUCCCCUUCACUGCUUCUUCCCAACCCCUUCCCUGCUCCCCCCCAUCCCCUUCCCUGCUUCCCCCCAUCUCCUUCCCUGCUUCCCCCAUCGCCUUCCCUGCUCACCCUUGCUCCCUCUGUUUCACUCUUGCUCCCUCUGUUUCACCCUUGCUCCCUCUGUUUCACCCUUGCUCCCUCUGUUUCACCCUUGCUCCCUCUGUUUCACUCUUGCUCCCUCUGUUUCACCCUUGCUCCCUCUGUUUCACCCUUGCUCCCUCUGUUUCACCCUUGCUCCCUCUGUUUCACCCUUGCUCCCUCUGUUUCACCCUUGCUCCCUCUGUUUCACCCUUGCUCCCUCUGUUUCACCCUUGCUCCCUCUGUUUCACCCUUGCUCCCUCUGUUUCACCCUUGCUCCCUCCCCUUCUUCUCUUCUCACUCUCUUCCCCCUUGCUCACUCUCUAUACUUCUGCUCACUCUGUUCCCCCCUGCUUCCUCUCUUCCCCUCUGUUCAAUCUGUCCCCCGCUGCUUCUUCUCCUCCCCUCUGCUCAUUCCGUUUACUGUCUUUCCCACUUCACUCACCCCCAUAUCCCCCAAUGCAGAUACGGUAA